AAGGCUCGAUGGUGCUCGGAUGAUACCGGGUGCCGUCCAUUUCUCGCAAGCGCGUUACACGUGGGUGUUAUCGCGGAUGGUCGGAUGGGAAAAUUGACGUUCGGUCACCGUUGUUAUUGGUUCGACGACGAGGUACGAGAACCACUGGGAAAAUGUGAACGUAUGGACACCCGACGUUGUCUGUCCGACUCGACUUGGUGUUCAGUGUCGUCAGUUCGAUCCGGUCAGUGGGCCAUUCAGCAUGAACAACGAGCGCAAGGAUGAAGGAUCCGUUUACUCGAUCGGAAGCCGUAAUCACCUGGUGUCGGUAAGAUCCAGAAAAACCUUCUUCAAGAAGCGAAAUCAGAUUUCCAAUCUCUUGGUGAUAUUUCUUUGCUUCCUGGUGGUUUCUUUAGCUAUAACAGUUGUGGUGCUCGCUGUACUUUAUGCGUGUAACCGUAUGGUGAAGAUAUGUGACAGCGAGGAUUGCAUGCGAAUAGCGGCUAGUUUGAAGGAAUCUAUGGACGUGUCUGUAGAUCCUUGCGACGACUUUUAUCAAUACGCGUGCGGCAGAUGGCCGGACGAGCAUCCCAUUCCGGAUUCCAGUCUGACGAAUUCCUGGUUCAGCGAGCGCAGCGAUCGCGUGUUCAGGAAGAUCAGGGAUCUGCUAAAGGUCAAUAUGUCUGCCAGUGAGGUACCGUGGGCAGUGAUGCAGGCCAAGACUCUGUUCACCAGCUGCAUGGACGUGUACACUAUAUAUGAACUCAACUUGUCCCCACUCUUCAACCUGUUGGAGUUAUUAAAUUUGCCUAUGAUGCCUGCGCUUAUCACAAACAAAACGUCAAAUUACAUCGAACAACUUGCCAGUGUAAAGAGAAAUUUAGGCUAUGACGUUUUCUUUGGAGUCGAUGUCGGGCCCGAUCCAAAGAACAAGAGCAAUAAUAUAAUCUUCUUCCACUAUCCGAUAUACCAUUCCAAUCCUUUUCCUACUUUUACCAAUAAAGAUUUGGAGAAGCGGUUGCAAAAUAUUAAAUUGCGAUUGCGAAAACUGGAUGAUAUUGAUGACGAAGAUAUGUUAAAUGAAGAUGAAGAAGUCGAGAUUACCUAUAUGACUGAUGUUAUUAAACAAGUCCUUAACAAUGGCACUGUUGAUGAAUGCACCUCGAACAAUGAAUCUACGAUAUUGGGAAAUGAAUUGGAAAAAUUUGUCUAUAAACUUUACAAUAUUAGCAACACCCUCUAUUACGUCACUCAUGCAGAUCAAAAUCAAAGUAUUACCAUUGAAAACUUGAGCGAUAGCAAUUAUAUGCUAAUAGAUGAUCUACAAAGAUUGACGGAUGAGUAUGUAACAAGUAAUAUUAAUUCGUCUAUCACACCUAAACCGAUUUGGCGUCCUUUCAUUGAAUCCCUUUUCGAGGGAAUCGUUAAGUUGAAUCUUGACAGGGAUAAAAUUCUCGUCGGCAAUUUGGAGUAUUUGAAAAAUGCUGCAUUAGUAUUAUCUGCUUACCCAGAGCAAGAUCUAGAAAGCUAUAUUUGGUGGAGCGUUGUGGAUAUUGUGGUACCUCACUCUUCCGAAAAGCUUAGAAAUAUUUGGUACGAAUAUGUGAGUGAGUUAAUGGAUAUAGAAGUAGGCGAACCACACUCAAUGAUCUGUGCAACAAUUGCAAAUGACUUAAUGGGAAUGGCUGUAUCGUGGCUGUUCGUAGACCCAACAUUCCUCGAUGACGAAAUUAAUAAAGUGCAGGAAAUAUUAGAUGAUAUAAAAGAAGCGUUCACCUCACUUGUCAUCAAGACAGAUUGGAUGGAUCAAUCGACGAAAACGGCGACACUCGAAAAGAGUCAGAAUAUGGGCUCAGCAAUUGGAUUCCCCGCGUGGCUCCUCGACGAGGAGAAGCUCGAUGAAUAUUACAAGGGCAUAAGUCUGUCGGAAACGAGUUACCUGGAGAAUAUGAUACAAAUCGUUCGAUUGCAAUGGAACAACACGUGGACGAGCCUAUACGAAGAAAAUUUAGAUAAUGAGUCAUACUGGGCAACUGAUCCUACCGACGUAAACGCAUUACAUAAUUUUCAACUUAAUCAUAUAACCAUUCCUGCUGGAAUUCUUCAAUUUCCGUUUUAUGAAUUGGGUCUUGCAGCCUUAAAUUACGGCGCCAUCGGCAUGAUGCUUGGGCAUGAAUUAACUCAUGGAUUCGACAAUAGCGGCAGGCAUUUCGACAGUGUGGGAAAUCUUCGGCAAUGGUGGACCAAUGAGACCAUCUCGGAGUAUACGGACAAAACUCAGUGUUUCAUAGAUCACUAUAAUACUUAUUAUUAUAGCGAGAUCGACGAUUCCAUCGACGGCGAACAGACCUUGGGCGAGAACAUCGCCGAUAAUGGUGGCCUUCGCGAGGCCGUCGUCGGUUACGAGAGGUGGAAGGCCCGGCACGGUCGGGAGCUUUUACUUCCGGGAUUCACGAAGUUUACACACGAGCAGUUACUUUUUCUUUCUUUCGCGCACAUGUGGUGCGAGUCUUAUACUGCUGCAUCACUGAAGUGGAUGCUGGAUGAUUCUCAUUGUCCCAAUCACGUGAGACUUGAGGCUGUAUUAAAGAAUUCCAAAGAAUUUAGUACAGCGUGGAAUUGUCCUGCAGGAUCAAACAUGAAUCCAUUGAAAAAGUGUCGUGUGUGGUAAUACUUGCGUCUUCAACGAAUUGUAAUUAAAAGACAAUGUUAUUUAAUACUGUUGAUUAAUCAAAUGUUUAUCAUAUAUGGGGCCAGUAAAGCUCGCGUGCAAAAUAAUCUAGCGUUAAUUUAAACAAUUAAUUUUUCAUCUCAGAAGAUUCAUGGCAAAUUACAAUAAUGCAAUAUCUAAUAGAUACGAGUUUUUGUAUGUUUUCUUUUUACUAUUUCGAAUCAGCAAGAAUUGAUAUAGAUUUACGGAAUUUUGUGCAUGAACCGCAGUUAUUUUAAUUAUUGUUAUCCGUUCGUUAUACGAUAAUAUAACGAAUUAUUCUUAUGUAAUUUCCUCGUACGAUCUUUCGCACUGAUAUAUGUUGGGGACGCCCAAUCGUUAUCGAGAAAUCAAAGAUUGGUCCAAUAAUGUUUAUAAUAAAAAGUUUUAUUUACGUACAAAAAAAUA